AACUGAUAAAAACGAUUUAGUCAUACGAAGGUUUCGAUCGCAGCCGGAGCUACUUAGUGUUCGAUCAUACAUUUACAGUGUCGUGUGGCAGUGCGAUUUGAGCAUUCCUGGUAUUCGGACAAACAAUUCAUUCGUUUAUCGCAUCGAUAGGACUGUUGUGAUUGAUACUGGUUAUUAAUUUUCGUGAAACGGUGUUGGAACGUGCAGAAGAAUUGUGAAAUUACCUAACUGAUUGUGAAGCCGUUUCGCGGCCCAGUGUAAUAUCAAUGAAGAUGGGAUCGUCGAAAAGGAAAUCAUCGUUUAGGAUCGAUGAUAUCCUUCACCAACAAGCAGAACAACAGCAGAUGAUUUUCCAGCACCAACAACUAGUUCAGAAUAGUGUGCUUAAACAGCUAACGGAUAUGACUACCGCUCAACCACAUGCUUCUACCCCGUCUUCGACUUCACCGGAGUAUUGCCCUAAUGGUCCCAGAUCAACGUCACCUCCAGCUUCGCCCAUACCGGACCAACCAAGUGGACCAGAAUCGCCAAAAAAGCCCACAGCGCUGUAUCCGAAUCUGUUAGAUUUUCAGAAAACCAACUUUCCACUUCACCUACCGUUGGGAAUGCCAUCCUUCAAUCCAGCGUUCAAUCCAGCAUUCAAUGCAGCAUAUCUGGAGCAGUAUGCAAAUAUGUUACACAAAGCAUCUCCCCGGAUAUUCCCAUUCUACCCGCCACACUACAGCUAUUUGAUACCGCCCUGUGGUUCCAAACGCAAAGGAGGUCAAGUACGGUUCACCCCCCAGCAAACCCAGAGUCUGGAGCGGCGGUUUUCAAAUCACAAAUACCUCUCUCCCGAGGACCGCAGGCAUUUGGCCGUGCAGCUUAAGCUAAGUGACCGACAGGUCAAGACAUGGUUCCAGAACCGCCGUGCCAAAUGGAGACGCGCCAACAAUGGAGGCCAAACCUCAGAUUCACCCGUUGACCUGGGACCGGACGGUGCACACAAAGCGUCACAUUCCGCCACCAUUACGUCAUCCACCAGUUCACCCGCAGAUCCGAUGAAAACAUACUCGAAUGAUUAUCGUGCAACCUUGAAUAGCAGCAGACCCGCGGAACCGUACGAUUGCAAGAGUUCCGAAAACUAUUCAGAACACGAAACCUCCAGCGAAGGGGAGGACAGCAGCUACGAGGACGGAGGUGCCUCGCCCAUCAAUGUUAUUUAGUUUAAACUUUAUCUAUGCUGAAAUUCAAAUAAAUUAUUCAACUUCUCACGCGGACA